AUGUGCUUUGUGGCAGGAGGACGUUCAGGGAUGAGACCCAUGGACCACAGCGUGCUGAAAUGUUGUCUCUUCUCUCUAUUCUUGCAAACAGUAUCUGCAUCAGGCACUCAAUCCAACGUAGCAAUUACUAUUAUCCAAACACUAUCUAAUACAGCGAGUGCAAACCAACCAUCCAACACAGCCACUUCAUCCAGUGCAGCCACACCAUCCUGUACGACCCGUCGAUGUCUGGCCAGCGUGCUGAUUGCGAAAGAAGCUCUGAGUCCGCCACAGUCUCCACGGUGCAUCUCAAUUAUCCGUGUGCCGUUAAUAGUGUAUGAAACGCUGUCUGUCGACACAAAAAACCUCCGCUUCGAGAGUCGUCUGGAAGUCCCGCUGUCUUGGGAAGACCCAGACUUAUCGUGGGACACAUCAGUCUAUCAUCAUGAUAUGGUUGUCCUGCCUGUCAGCAAAAUAUGGACUCCUGAACUCCAUGUGACUAAUGGAGUGCAAACAACGAUGAAGCACGGCAACAAGGAUUUGCUGGUGCACAGCAACGGGACUGUAGAGCACAUGGUCAUCAUGAACACUGUGGUGGGCUGUGAGGUCAAUCUGUACAACUACCCCUUCGCUUCAGAUUUCUGUGCCAUCGCCCUUAAUGUGUGGGCAAUUAGUGGAUGUGGCAUGUUCCUGAACUUUGGGAAUGUGAGCACAACUAGCGCAAACCGUGGGGACUGGCUAACCGAGGCAGUGGAACUCAACGCUAAAGGAGGCAGAGAUGAUCGCAACUAUCUAUGGGUGUCGCUGAAAAUGCGGUCUGAAAACCCGUUUCUGUCCCUGGUCCUGCCCAGUAUACUAAUCAUCUUGGCUGAUGUGGGCAGCUUCGCCCUGCCGCUGGGAGAGAGCAAGCGCAUCCCCUUCAAGGUUAAACUGGUUCUCAGCUUCAUCAUGUUCCUCAACAUCCUCAAGGACCUUCUGCCUGGAGGAGGCCAGUGCAGCCCCAUCAUCCGAAAGCACUUCUGUUUCUGUUUGGUCAUCCUGGUGUUGAGCACGUUGCAGUCUAUGGUGCUCACACGUCUGGCUAAGUGUGGCACUCUCUGGCCCUGCAGCCUCUCCAAGUCCAAAGACUCACUGCUUAAAGACACAGACAAUGAAGAGGUAUCCAAAUCUGAUAUUACUGUCAUCAAACUGAAAGCCUCAGAGGAAGAGAAGAUGAAUACACCCCUCCAGAAGGUGGUGAAGUUUCUCAACAAAAUGGCUGCACAAGACCAGAAAAAAGCAAGAUGCCAUCGCUUUGCCAACAAAGUGGACUUGAUCUGUUUCUGUAUCUAUCUCACUGUCCUCAUUGUUUACGCAGUCGUAAUUUUAUUUUUCUCCUUUGGUUCUCGAUGUGAGAUCGACCAUUUAGAAUUCUGGGAAUACUAAAUUCUUUAUUUGCUUUUAACAAUGAUAUUUAAAUAAAUAUAAAGUGUGUAUUCUUCAGUAGAGAUUUAACAAUAUUUAUUUCAAU